AUGAGUACGACAGUUUUUGUUGGUCUCGGUUUGGCUGCAUUUGGAUUUGGUGGACGUUAUCUUGCUCGAUAUGGAAAAUUGAUCGCUGAGAAUUUAACAAAAACAAGUGGAAUUAUUGCAGAAGGACUUUCAUCAAAAUAUUAUAAAGGUGGAUUUGAUACAAAAAUGAAUCGACGUGAAGCUGCACUUAUAUUAGGUGUUAGUCCAACAACGAAUAAAAUACGAUUACGUGAUGCAUAUAAACGAUUGAUUAUUCUUAAUCAUCCUGAUCGAGGUGGAUCACCGUAUAUUGCUGCUAAGAUUAAUGAAGCAAAAGAAAUAUUUGAAAAAGGAAUUAAAUAA